AUGACUCCUUCCACCUCGGAGGGAGGAGAAAAAUCUGUGGAAGCUGGAACGGGGACAGGUGAGUCCUCAGAUGAUGAGGGAGAUUCGAACAAGUGCGGCUUAUCUGAGCCGAUAGACACCCGAGCUCCAAACUCUGAUGCUUCGCCAGAAUCAGCGCACAGCAAGAGCCGGUUGGUUCUACUGAGUAAAACACUGCCAAAGGAUGCUUUGCGGUUUGGAGUUCCGGGGUCAACGGAACUGUACGAGGAUGAUCAGGGCCAAUGCACCAAAAACAAGAAAUUUAGGGACUGGCGAAAGGAUAAAAAGGGGGAUGCACCAGAGAUAUUUGUGGUCCCACCCGAGGGAGAUACAAAAGCUCUACCCGAGUCAGAUUUUAGGGCUCUGGGAGAUUCUAUUGCUACUGAUCCCGGGAUUCCUGAAGCGGGUAGUACUGAUGCUACAGCUCAGGCCCACGACACAGAUUCUAAUACUGUUACGGUGGCUGCGACUACUGAUCCACCACCACCUCCUGCUCCUGCACCCGCUACCUCUGCGGGUCCUACUACUUCAUCUGCUCCACCUCCAGCUGAGCAUUCUGAGGUUGAUUUGUUUACCUUUUCGAGAGCGUGUGACCGAGAGUUAGCUUUCAAAACUUUAAAAGCUGAAAAAUAA